UGCAAGACGUGUUCAACACGGUGGGUCAGGACGAAAUUGACUUGCCCCAAAUUGUGGUGGUCGGGUAAGGCUAAUGUUGCAGAAGGCGAGAGAGGUGGUUUUCGUAGUGGCGUACCCCCACCAGCAGUAAAGCUGUAUGCGGUCUGGUGUGACUGUUUAUCGACAUGAGAGCUGAUGUUGUUGAAGGAUACUUAUAAAUUGUAGGUCGCAAUCGAGCGGCAAAUCGUCGGUGCUCGAGAACCUUGUUGGACGGGACUUUCUGCCGCGCGGCAGCGGGAUUGUGACGCGGCGGCCGCUGGUACUGCAGCUUGUGACAGCGACGGACCCGCAGGGGGCAGAGUCGAGCGAGGAUGGGCCAGCCGAGGCGCGCGCGCAGUUCCUGCAUCUGCCAAACAAGGAGUUCACUGACAUGCACGAGGUGCGGCGCGAGAUCGAGCGCGAGACGGACCGGCUGGCGGGCAGCAACAAGGGCAUCGUCAAGACGCCGAUCCACCUGCGGAUCACGGCGCCGGACGUGCUGAAUCUGACGCUGGUGGAUCUGCCGGGCAUCACCAAGAUCCCGGUGGGCGACCAGCCGGCGGACAUCGAGGUGCAGACGCGCGAGCUGGUGAUGGACUACAUUACCAAGCCCAACAGCGUGAUUGUGGCGAUCAGCCCGGCCAACGUGGACAUUGUCAACUCGGAGAGCCUGAAGAUGGCUCGCGAGGUGGACCCCGACGGCAAGCGCACGGUGGGAGUGGUGACCAAGAUCGACCUAAUGGACCGCGGGACCAACUCGCUGGACAUCCUGACGGGACGCGUGUAUCCGCUGCGGACUUGGGAUACGCAGGCUAACAAGCCGAUUGACGAGUCGCUGGCGCACGAGGCCGAGUUCUUCCGCACGCACCCGGUGUACCGCACGAUCCAGCAGCACUGCGGGACGAGCAACCUGGCGAAGCAGCUGAGCCAGCUGCUGAUGCACCAUAUCCGCGACCGGCUGCCCAGCAUCAAGACCAAGAUUAACGCGCUGAUCAGCCAGACUGAGCAGGAGCUGGCGUCGUACGGGCGGGUGGGCGCUGGAGCGGGGGCGGGAGCAGGGACUGACGCCGGCCGACUGCUGAAGCUGAUCACGCUGUUUGCAGCCGAGUUCGGCAGCUCGAUCGAGGGCACGGGGGCGGAGAUGUCGACGGCAGAGCUAUGCGGUGGCGCCCGGCUAUACUACAUCUUCAACGACAUCUUUGCCGCAGGGCUGGACAGCAUUGCGUUCCAGCUGCUGGUCAAGCCGCAGAUCAAGGCGCUGGAGCCGCCGGCUCAGCGGUGCGUACAGCUGGCGUACGAGGAGCUGAUGAAGGUUGCGCUGUCGUGCGGCAGCAACGAGAUGCGGCGGUACCCGCGUCUGCACGCCAAGGCCAUGGAGGUCGUCAGCGAUCUGCUGCGCGAGCGCGUCGGCCCCACUGCCGCCUAUGUCGAGAGCCUGAUUUCCAUCGAGCGCGCAUACAUCAACACCAACCACCCCGAUUUCAUUGGCGGUCCAGGCGCCCUGACCGAGCUGCAGCGCAAGCUCGAGCGCAAGCGCAAGGACGCCGCGCGCGAGCGUGUGCGCGAGCCGGACACCGAGCCGAGCGCUGUCGAUCCGAGCGAAGUCGACGAUCGCGCGUCCUCGACGCAGCUGCGGCGGCCCGGCUCCGGCUCGCCACUGGGCGGACCGGCCGGCCACGGCAAGUUCUUCAACUCGUUCUUUGGCGCGCCGGGGGGUAAGCGCGACGGGCUGCAGAUAUCGGGCGACGAGGUGCGGGUGCCGAAUCGGCUCAGCAAUUUCUCCAGCGAGGGCACGGCGCUGGACGACGAGGUGUCGGCGCUGUCGGCGCAGUUUGCCAGCGACCUGUCGGUGGGUGGCGAGCGGGAUGAGCUGGAGACUUCGCUGAUCCGGUCUCUUAUCGGCUCGUACUUUGGUAUUGUGCGCAAGUCCAUCCAAGACCUGGUGCCCAAGGCCGUCAUGCACUUGCUGGUUAACGAGGUCUGUGAGAACAUGCAGAACCGCCUGGUUGAGGAGCUCUACAAGGAGCCGCUGACCACCGAGCUGAUGCAGGAGGACCCGGCGCUGGUUGCCGAGCGUGACCAGUGCGCUGCCAUGCUGGAGGUCUACAAAAAGGCCUUUGCCAUCAUCAACGAGGCCAUGUAGGGUCUGCUUCUCGUCCCUUUCGCCAAUCUGUUUCUUCCUCCUCUUCCUCCUCUUUUCCAAUACAGUAGUUUGAUAACAUAUCGGCAUGUUUGAAUAUUUA